AUGGGCUACUUUUACUACUCUCUUACCUUCUUUGCUUUUCUCUCUUUUGCAGCAGCCUACUUCACCCGAGACCGCUGGCUCCCUCACCUCCCCAUUCCUGGACACCUUUAUACUCAACUACCAACAAGUUUCCGUGGUGAUGCUGAAGCUGGCUUAUCCUCCGCUGACUUUAACCUGGCGGAUAACAUCGUGGACGGAGAUUCCCGUGCUGGUCUAGAUAAGCGCGGCAAGUCAGAAGUUCUGCGGAUAAUGAAGAGUAGAAAGGUGGAUUUCAAUGAAGCCAGACGAAUAUAUACAGAACAACGAUUUGCGAAGAAUAAUAUCGGUCCUGACGGGAGGCCGCGGGAUCCGAAAUUUGUGUCGUUUUCGUGA